UUAGUUCGCUAGACAUGAGAAUUACUAUGUCAUUUCAGUUUCCAUCGUUUAGUUUUAGAAUCUAGAUCAACUUUGGUGGGAAAUAAAGUCACUCUUGGUCUUGGAACCCUAGAAGGUGAUUCGGAUCGAGAGACAACAAUGGAGGGUGAGCGCAGUAAAGCGGCGCAUUGGCUCAACUUAAUAUUCACCGAGCCCUAUUACAUGUACCAUUUCCUCGCUUUCUUUUCUUACUUCGUUAUCCGUACAUCUUCAGUCUCAGUACUCAGUCCUACAUUCGCCAAUCGCCUCAUUUAUCGAGAAAUUCAAGCGGUUUUGGCCUUUGGCGUUUUAACUGCUAUCAAGAUGGUUAGAGAAGAAACCUGGGAAGGGUUUAUUGGCGAUACUCUGUUUUUUGCAAAGAUUUUUCUCGUUCCUCUUGCAUUAAUGAUGGAUUAUAAUCUGGCCCUUUGGUACAUUGUUGCCUUUUCAGUUAUGUAUAUUUUAACACAACAACCUGCUUUCCAAGGAUCAGGUACUUCUAGUAAAUUAACACCUCUACAGCUAGAAGCCUUGUUAACUGAAGGGAACACGUCAAGAUUUUGGCUGGUAGAGUUGCGUUCCUCCUAUUCAUCUGAUUGCAUACGCACAAGUCGGUUCUUUCCUGAGCUCUCAAUUACAUACUCAAACAAAAAUUUAUCUUUUGCAAUGGUUGACCUUGGAGUAUUCCCAAAUGCUGCAGAAAAGUUUGGACUAUUUCUUGGGAGCAUGGAUCAGCUUCCCACGUACAUCUUGUUUGAGAAUGCAACUGCAGUUGCUCGUUUUCCAGAUUUUGUUUUGGAGCACAAAGGUUAUCAUCCUACCAUAACAAAGAGAUUUCUUUCCAGAUAUUUUGAACUUGAUCGGCGCCUACUUGAAUAUGUAAAUGGUAAAUAGAUAACUGGCCUUGAAGCUCAUUGUGUAAGUCGAGAUUCUUUUCCUUUAGUUUAAUUCUUUGUACUUCAGAGUUGUAUUCAGUUUUGUUAGAUGACUAGUUUGUUGUUGUUUAAUUUUUUUUUAUAUUUAAAUAUGAAAGAAAACUGUGGCUGGAACAUCCAGUUAUUUAAGUUGAUCUAGAUAUUAUAAAUGGCUGGUUUUGAACGCUACUAAAUAUUUCAUUAAGGACCCGUAAACAUUUUAUUAAGGACUCGUUUAGAAGGAUUCUAAACGUGUAAGGGUCGUUUAUUAAAUAAGAAAGAACACUAUGUUUGGAUAAAA